UGGUGCUGUCUGUAUCAUUUAUUAUUUAUAUGCAUAUAAUUAGCAGCUCCCUGCUGCAAAAACAGUGCUGUGUAUGAAACACUGAUCUCAGAUAAGGUGACUGCAGUCGAACGGUUUAGUAGCAUGGCGUGCAUGGGCACUGGACCCCGAUGUUCCCUAAAACUGAGAUGAACGCAUUUUAGAUAGCAUGAAGGUCUUUAUAAUAGUGCUUUAACUUCAACUGAACUGAACAUAAUUAUAAUUCCAGGGGUUUCUCAAGGCUAUACGCUUUUGGCCCAUUUUGUGUGCUUGGAGGUCCCUUGGGUUUCCACGGGGAGAUUACUUUGCAGAGUCCUUCCCUCCUCUCUCUCACAGACCAGAAAAAAGAGGGCUUUCCAGGCUGAGAAUCAACUCAUUUAAAUUCACAGUGUCUGCCCAGGCUUUCUCGGAUGAGCUUUUUUUUUUGCUCCACUGCUGACAAGACACUUUUGAAUGUUGCAUACUUAAAACCAGAUCAAAGGACAGGCAGAGAUGUGAGCAGAAUUUUUAACUGUUGUUCAGGGAGUAACUCUGUCUAUAUCCAUCUCUUUGGAGCUCAUCUUGGCAUUUCCAUCCCCUGGUGGGAGUAAUGGCGUGUGAUGCGUUGUGUUCUUCUCUGUCAUUUAGACUAAACUCUCUCACAGUGUUAUGAGAAAUUCACUCUGCUAACACUGUUCAGGGGUCAGCGAUGACCCAAAACUGAAGCGGUGUACAUCACUGAGCACUUCUCUUUUCAGUAUAAUAUGGAACACAUGUCUAUAAACCAAUGAUGUUUUCAGUGCAAAAAAGACCCAACAAUUUUAGUAAUGUUAUGAAACCUUUUACCACUCUCAGAAUUCCCCACUUCUUUCUGGUCAGUGAAAAAUCACAAUGCCACUUUACACAUCUAAAGGUGUCAGGGUUUUCACCUAAGACAGAAUUCCCAGUGUUCACACAUACUGAGGCUGGUUCCAUGUGCCAGCAAUAAAAAAGCUAGACUUGUACAUUUUCUGAGUAAGUACAUUUUCUUGGCUCUGCAAAACUCUGGAUCUUCUGGGUCAUUGCAGGGCUGUAGCAAAAUCUCUAACCCUAUAUGAGAACCAAUAUUUAUUAAAUGAAUAAAUAAUAAUAUGUAAUAGAAAAUAAUGUAUUCUGAUUUUAUGUGUGUGCAGAAAAGAAAUGCAUUAUUUUAUAUAUUUUGUUUUUUGACCCAUGAUAAAAUGGCUGUAGUUUGAAGAACAUGUAUGGUUGUUUACAGGGAUGCAUCCUUGCUCAUUUUACUACAUUAGGAUACAUUUGACAUUCUCACCUCUGUAAUGAGAUCUGUUGUUGAUAUUUAAAUGUCAGGCUUAAUGGCAAAACCCUCAAGCUGAAACAGACUUGUAUUGAUUUGCUAGAUCCCUUUGUUCUCAUCUCAUUAAUCUACAAUUUGAUUUAACACAGGUGCUCAUCUUACAUUGGCUUUUAGCUUGAUUUAGAGACUUGUCACUUUUAUCUGUUUUUCAUGACACAGAAUAACACUGGCUUGCACAUACAGGCUAUGCAAAUCAGUUUUUGCAUUUUACUUAAAGUGAGAGAAUCAGGUUUGAUGUAUUCUUUGCAAUACAGCCAGAUUAGAUUUAUUUAUUUUUAGAUCUUAUUUUGCAUACAAUUUUACUGACAAAUAUGCACAGAUAAAAAAUGUGGAAACGGUAUGCAGAAAAUAAAUGUUUAAAAAGUAGUAUAAAACUUUGUUAACACAUGAUUUCGCUUUGUUGUGUGUUUAAUUUUGCAGGUCACAUCCAAUUAGCAUCUUGGAAAGAAAAUAUGGUUAUUUUGUGUUUUUAAUGCUUUGUGUAAACAUGUCUUCACUUCAUGCAGUCUUAUUAAAUAAUGACCCAAGAAUAAAUAUAUUAAAAUCAUGAUAUUACCUCUGGAAGGUGAAGUUGUUGAGAGCACUGUAAUGUGGGAUAUAAAAUCCCAUGCAGUGUCCUCUGCUUGUGUACUGCAUAUUUUGCCAAAUGUAGUAGGUCAUUACAUGCAAACAGAACAUUUUCAAACUGUGCACAUUAAACAUAUUGCAUACAAAAUAGCAUGAGAAAUAUAGUAAUGUCAUUCAGGAAAUACAUAUGAUUUUUUAGACAAAAUAUCACCAGAAUUACAAUAAUAUUGCUUUAGCGUUGUUUAUGAGACUCAGAAUUUCUGUCUAUAAUUGUUUCUUUAUUUGUAGCAGGAGAAAAAAAAAACUAUCAGGAAAAUGAGAGCAUGAAAUUGUUUUCUUCAAAUGUCUCUCUUUUGAUGUCUUAUCCAAAAAUUCCCUCGAUAUGAGAGAGAAAGUUAUUCUCUGCCAUUUAAGCAGAAAACUAAUUUCUCAUUUUCCUUUUAAUCCUGUGAUUUGUUCUAGUCUGCUUUAUUAGCUAAAGCCAUUACAGUAUGGCAUGGUGAGAUUUCUCUGCAAAACACUACAUUCACAACCCCAUUCAACGUCUUCCUCAGUGUCUUCGGCUUCUCAGAACGGUGACAUUUCAUCAAGCCGAUUAAACCCCGAUGUCAACACUAACCAAAAAUCAUUACUAUCUCCUCUAUUAAAUUAAGCUCUCUCUCCUACCCCAACAGUGUGAAACAAUUUGAUUUAAACAAAGCGCUAAAUCUCCUGUUUUCCUCUCAUCUCAGUGCGUAUGACGUUAAGUCCAAUUUACAACUGCUGUCAUCACGACAGCUAAUAAAAGCCAGACGGCCCUAAAGCCUUCCAUAGUGAUACAAACAAUCAACUUGUUUAUUUGGUGUCUCUGUCUGCUGUGACAUUUCUUGAAGUAAGAUGUAGUUCUCCUUUUCUCAUCGCUCUACUGGGCUUUGGUGAUUCCCUGCCAAUGCAAUCUCAUUCAUCUCUUUCCCUUUGAUAUGUGGACAGCUUCAGAGAACUGCAUUUGUAUAAAACAGAAGUUGCAGUCAUCUCAUGUUUUUUUAAAGGCUAGCUCUCCGUUCUCUUUGAUUUUGCAUGUAUUGUAUCGUAUGGCAUUUACUAGAAUGACCAUGUUUCAUUCAUCUUGUCAGCUAAUGUUCAUAAAAGACCAGGUGGAGGACAGCGUGGGAGGCUGGAGUUGGCUCACAUUUAUGUAGCAGUUAAUUAGUUCUACAUCAAAAGUGCUUCUACUGAAUUACACAUCUGUUCUCUUAUGAUCUUUGAGCUGUGCUGUUCGCAUGGGUGCCUCCACAUUAAACUCUAGGUAAACUUGAGCAAAACAGUUCAUCUCAGCUCAUCAUCAUUAUUAAAAGUUCAAAGUGGAACACUGUGUUUUAAAAAAUUUGUCUCUGAAACCUCAGAGGAUAUCGCCUCAGCUGGCUGAACAGCAGUUGUUUGGGGCAGAUCUUACUAAUAAUGUUAUCUGUGAGUAUAGACCCUAUAAAUGGGGCCGUGUCAUUGACAGCCAGGCAGGGAAAUGCGCUGUUACCUUUGCUGAAGCUGCAAUGGGUUUGCUAUGGAGUCUCAUACAUUCAGAAGGAGAAAACAUGUGGGUAUGUGCACACUCAUAUAUUCAAGACAAUGCCGUUGUGUGUGUGUGUGUUUUAAGAAAUAUAGUAAUCACUUGUGUGUGCAAGUCGAUUUGGUCUAUCUCUUUGUCAUGGGUUUUUGCUGUGUAGUCCAUUUGCCAUCUGAACGCUACCUUUUAUUUUGAGUAAAUGCUUCUGAAGCGUAAAGUUUCCUGCCAUACACUGAAGAUGAAAAUUGGAAAGAAAAAGGAAAAAUAACCAAUUUUGUAUUCAUUUCAGUACUGAGACUCAGCAGUUAGGAACUCAAAAUACGCCACAGGCAUGUUCUUUCUGUCUUUUUUAUUUUUUUGAUAGUUUGUACCGCAGACUCGUUCAUUACUGAUUUAGUAUUAUUAUUUUUUCUUAUCCUCUUGUUCUCUUUCUGUAAACAAAGUCAUGUUGUCAGACUGUAAUGCCUCUGUUUAAGCUGUAAUAUUUUACUGCUUGUAAUUUUCUUUUGCCUUUACUAGCAACUUGAAUUAAUAAGGCAUUAACAAACAUUAUUGCAGACUAUAUAGUGUUUCACAACUAUAAUGCACAUUCAGAAAAUCCUUUUGAUUUAUAGUCUACAUGUUUGAAUAUAGAUUGUGAAUGAAGUACAGAUGUCUUGAUGUUAAUGGCUUAUGCAUGAAAGCUAGUGAUCUGUCUGUGCUAUUGUAAAUAAAUGGAGUCAUAGUUAAGCUGACAGUGUCCGCUGCUGGCGGCUGCGCAAACUGCAGUGGCUGCUUCACCGGCAAUGAUGCAGACAGCUUAACCUCUCAUUAUUUUAGCAGUCUGUUAUAUCAGUGCUCAUAUGAUUUAUUCGGGUAUGCUAAUAAUGUCAUUUCUUCUAUUUUAAUACAAAAUGUCUUUUGUGAAACUCUAUGCAUGCAGUGUGUAGGCUACAUUAUUAGAUUUAAUUGCAUGUUCCAUAUGUUUUCGUAUUUUCUCUUUAAUCUGCUCAAGCCUGUGUCUGGUCUGAAAAUACCACUCCAGAGUUGCAUCGCCAGUCUAUUUGGGUGGAAGGGGUUGAAAAACAGCAGGGGGAUGAAAGACUGAAUAUUUCAUUGCAGCGACAAACAGCAGAUGGCCCUCUUGAGUUUUUCUUUUUUUUUUAAUUCCUCCUCUGUGAUUGUGUUUCUCUGGUGAUAUUAAUCUAAAUGAGAAAAUACUCUGUUAUUGGGGCAUGAUAUUAAAUUGGCACCCCAGCCCUUAUCGCAACACUCAUUACCAUAUGAUUAAAGAAACAGGCGACAGAUAAAUGUAGGCCUAUAGCAAAAACAGGCACUCAUCCAUACAAUGCGUUACAUAGGUGUGUUUGCCUAAAACAAUGGGGGUCUCAGUAGCACCUUAGAUGUGUGAUGUAGGCCUGAUUCAUUUUGCACUCAUGAGGCGUGUCGGUGGGGUUGUGUGAAAUUAAUUUCUUAGAGAUUCGCAUAAACACGUGUCUCAUAAAGAGUGUACUUGAUUAUUGUUAAUACACACAAAAUAAGUGAAAAAUAGGUAUUUUCUGCGUCUCAAUUCUGUUAUUUGUAUUCAGAAUGAUUAUAAAUAUUGGCAUCUAAAUUUAUUUAUAAUUAAAAAAAAAAAAAAAAAAAAAUCUGGCGACCAGCUUCUGUAAACACUAGGCUAUUGGACAAAUUCUAUUAGAUAAAUCAUAUUUUGAAAUAUCUAAAUGUUGUCAUCGGCACGUUUGAAUUUUAUCAGCACAGAAAAUACAAAUAUAUACGGACAUAAGGGUGGGUUAUUCUCGUCUUUGAAACGAUGGCAAAGGAGGAGUUUGUCGUUAAGACUUGUUGAUGAUCUGUGAGGUUGAGGCGGGAAGCGCGUGGUCGUUAAGACUUGUUGAUGCCGUUGAUCUAUGAGGCUGAGGCGGGAAGCGCGUGCGCCUCUCGCUUCAAACGGCUGGAGACGCUAAAUGAGCUCGAGGCGAGCUGGAGGAUGAAGAGGAGCAUUUCUUGAAUACGUUUUCUUUGCUGGCUAACCUUAGCACUUAUGCUGCACAUCUGUGUACUCCCGCUUCGGGGAAAGACUUUUUUAUUUGAGUUUAUUUAUUUGUUCGUUCCUGUCACACCGGGUAGACGCCAUCCCCACCGGAGCCGCUCGGUGUUGCUUACAUUUCUCUCUCAGAAGACAUGCUGCUUUAGAAAAGGAAAAAACGCACAUCGUUAUUGAAAAACCACGCGACCUAGAACAAGAGACUGAGUGGGGAGUGAUCGUCUGAGGAGAUCCCUUAUCAACAAUAAACACCUACGUUCAAACUUACCUCAACUCACCGUCGUUACGCCGUCGGUUAUUCUCAAGAUGAGUGGACGUUUGAACGGAACCGGCGUGGAUAUCUGCUAAACUUGGUAAAUAUGUGAGACAUAUGAAUAUGUGUAGUCGCAGGGCUCCACCUGGGAGACGAAGGUGGUCGCGUUUCUCCGCUUGACAGCUCAGAACGAAAAACGCUUUGUUUGCUCAGACUCCGGGAGUGGAGGUCGCUGCCCAGGGUGCUGAAUUUCACCAGGACCGGGUCAGAGAUAAACGAAGGAAAGUGACGGAUCAGAGAGACUCUCAGGCGUGCUGUGAAUAUAUUUUCACGUUCUGUAUUUUGGAGGAGCCGGGCAACUCAUGUGAUAAUCAUUUUCCGAAAAGCGUUGUGAAAUCAGGAAUGAAAAGUAACCUGCGAGCCGCCUGACUUCGAAAUGAAAAUCGGACAACAUGUGAAAUACGGACAGUUGAGUAACACUUCACCUUUGUAUUCAUUAUGCUAAUUCAGUGUCUUAUUUCGCCCGUCGUGAUGUGUGGAUAUCUUUGAUCAUCAUCCGUGCAUUUCAGAGGGCAGAGCACAGAAACAGUCGCAAAAAUGGGACAAUAAUUGAGACAGAUCGGGCGGUUUGUUGUUGUUGUCUGUGCUUUGUGUGUAAGGAGUUCAACAGCCCUGUUUUUGAGACAUGGCAGCGGCGAUUGCCAGCGGUUUGAUCCGCCAGAAGAGACAGGCACGGGAGCAGCAUAUAGACCGACCAUCCACCAACAGAAGGAGAAAAAGCCCCAAUAAGAAUAAAGGGCUUUGCAACGGGAACCUGGUCGACAUCUUCUCCAAAGUGCGAAUCUUCGGCCUCAGGAAACGCAGACUACGACGACAAGAUCCCCAGCUCAAGGGUAUAGUGACCAGGUUAUAUUGCAGGCAGGGAUACUACUUGCAGAUGAACCCAGAUGGAUCUCUUGAUGGGACUAAGGAUGACAGUAGUAAUUCUUCGUUGUUCAACCUCAUCCCUGUGGGCCUUCGGGUCGUUGCUAUUCAGUCUGUGAAGACGGGCUUGUACAUCGCCAUGAAUGGAGAAGGCCAUCUGUACACAUCAGAACUGUUUACGCCGGAAUGCAAGUUUAAAGAGUCCGUGUUUGAAAACUACUAUGUGAUCUACUCAUCCAUGCUGUAUAGGCAGCAGGAGUCGGGGAGAGCAUGGUUCCUUGGCUUAAAUAAAGAUGGCCAGGCCAUGAAGGGGAACCGGGUGAAGAAAACUAAACCAGCUGCUCACUUCCUGCCCAAGCCAUUAGAAGCAGGUUUCAGGUUUGGAAAUGAGAAUGGGUUUGGAGAAACUUUUCUAGACGUAAUUAUACACAGAUUUCAGUCAAGCCCCAGAAAUCAUUUCCAAUAAGAGAGACAGAUGGGGCGGCUGCAGUUACCUGGCUGACUCUUGCCUUCUCUGAUGUCUU